AUGAACCCCCCAUCACAUCCAGCCGCACGUAGAGGAUCAGAUGCCCGUUCCAUCCGGACAUUAGGGCCCAACCCCCAGGCCAGAGAUCCUCGUGCUAGUGGAGCAACCAUCUCGAUGACGAACCAAAGCAGUACCGUCCCUGUUCCUCAUUUCACUUCACAGCAAAGUCGUACCAGCCAGGGAGGACCUGACCAGAGUGGGGUGGAGUCCAAUGACAGCCUGGCAUCGGAGAACUUGCUGAAGAACCUACAACGAAGCGACAGCAAUGUACUGAGCUCCAACGGAAGUCUUCCAUCUGCCGGUGGCCGCUGGGGAGGUCUCUUCUCGGGCCUGUGGAGUUCACGACAGGAGUCUACAGAUGGGGCCGAUUACUACUCUCCAUCUCAAGCCCGCAAAAAGUCGGUGUCUACAAUUGCAGGUCCCAUAACACGUGGCCCGCCCAUAUUGAGUGAAAUGGUCAAGGAGGUCACUGAAGACGAGGCGGAGCACCCUUCCGAAACAGUACCGAGUGGAAAUAUCUCAAUCCCCACGGCUGCACCCCAUGGAUCUGAAGAUACUUCCCCGGAGCCUUCAUCUCUGACAAGCCAAGUUCGCGAGUCUCCUCUGAAGCUAUCAGUGCGUGCCGAAGACGGGGUGGUAGACGUCGAUCUUCCACUUCCUGGAUUCUUAUCUCUUUCCUCCUCGGGAGACUCUACAAUUGCAUCGCCGAGAAAGACUCGAGCAUCAAUUAACAGCGUCGAUGCCAUUCCAUCCACUCACAGCAGCGGAUCUGGAUUCCACAACGCCAUGAAAGAUACCCCCGAUGGCCCCAGCUCUCACGUUGCUGGGUGGCUGAAGGUAUUCCAUGAAGAUUUCUCCCUGCAAGCAGUCAGACCUUAUGCAUCUGUCGAGGCAGAUAUUAAACGCGCCAUGCAAGCCGAGCCCUCACCCUACAUCCCUUCGUCUCCAGACGCAGAUGGCUCAGAGCGUUGGGUCGAUGUCGCAACUACCUUGAUUGCAGAUACCCGGGCUUCUUCUGUCAAACGCCUCCGCUUAAGGCGCAAGAUUAUCGUGGGCCAUCAUUAUGGAGCAAGCCAAACCCCUCCAUCCCCGGUCAGUGGCCUCAACCAAGGCCACCGCUCCUCUUCAACCUCCCAAUUCCCUGGCAUUUUUGGCUAUAGCAAGUCGCCCGAUGACAACCUCAGCAACGGGCAAGACCCUCACCAUGUGGAAGAAAGAUUCAUCGAGGAGCCUGUCAUGGAUCUCGAUGGUAUUCUUGUCGAUGCAGUUGAGCGAGUCCUUGGACAAAGCGGAUAUUCCUCGCUAGCACAAUCCCGUGCCCCGUCACCUUCGCGUGCUCGACGAGGAGAUGACACCGGCCAGACCACGCCCCGAGCAGAAGAUCCUCCUGUUGAAGUACCCCGUGCAGAAUGUCGCAAAAUGGUGCUCGGAGCUCUGGAAGAGGUUGUCCGCAUCGUCACAGCCGAGCACUGCCGGGAAGACGUUGAUAACGAACUAGGCGUUGCUGACCGCGAGCGUCGACGCGCUCAGAUUGGCGCCGAUAAUACCUUGCGUCAAGGAAUACGCAAGUGGCUUCUUGAUGUCGAAGAAGCUUGGUGA